AUGGUAACUACAUGUACCGCAUUUAUUCUGUCAAAAACGGAAAUCAUCACGAAUGCCCAUUGCGUGUAUGACGCCCCAUAUGUUAAUGUAGUAGCUGGUACGAAAGUUGUAUCAGAUGAAAAACAGAAAAUCAAAGUCGAAAAAGAGAACAUUGCAUGGCACCCUCAUUAUAGUCAUUCAGGAUCAGUCGGUCCAUUUGAUAUUGCCAAAUUAACACUGGAAGAGCCGUUAGAAUUCAGUGAUACCGUUGGCAGUAUCAAACUCGUGGACAAAGAUUAUAAAUUGAAUGAUCCAUCGGAAGUGGUCACUGUCUAUGGAUAUGGCGUGUUGAACAACACCGGACCAAAGAUAUUGAGGCGUUGCGAUGCGAACUAUAUAUCUGACGUCAAACGGGCCAUCAUAUUUAAACCAGUUCAGACUUUGUACUUUACCACUGGCGAAGCUACGAACGAUGGCGAAAUUAUUACACCUGGCGAUUCGGGUGGACCAGUCGUUUCAAAAACAAAUGGCAAAAUCGUGGGCAUAACUACGGGUAUAAAUGGAACAACAGGUGGCCGCGGAAUGUUCCUCCCAAUUACGUCAUUCCUUGGUUUUAUCCAUGAUCCAAAGAGCGUGAAACCACUUCCACCUUCGCUUACACCUAACGAAGCUAAAUUUAUGGCCGAUAUAUCGGUACCGGGGAAAUUUCUUACCGUUACCAAAGAAGCAUAUGCCGAUGCCGACGAAGAUGUUCAAAUACAAUUUAAUGCAAUCAUUUUGUCGGAAACCGAGAUUUUGACCUGUGCACAUAAUGUGCACGGCGCCCCAUAUGUCUAUGUAAUAGUAAAUAAACUAUCACGUAAUCCGACAAAAAUCAAAGUCACUGAAGACCAGAUAGAAAUUCAUGAGAAAUACGCAGUGUUCGGAUCCGCAUUUGACGUUGCCAAGAUUACACUUAAAGAACCGUUGGAGUUCAGCGAGAACGUCGGCAGCAUCGAUUUGGUGGACAAAUAUUACAAAAUGAAUGACCCAUCCGAAAUGGUCACUGUCUAUGGUGAUAUGGUAUUGGGUGAAACAGAGAGAACGAGACGUUAUGAUACAAAGUAUUUGAAUAGUGCCAUUUGCAAAUCGAAAUUGGGCGACCGAUUUGAUGCAAAUCAUUUGAUGUGUUUUAAUUCUGUUGAAAGUAUGGGAUAUCUCUGUGCGUUUGGAGGACCAAUGGUUUCGAAAAAGAAUAACAAACUCGUGGGCAUGACCAUAUUUCGUCCGCGUGGUAAGCCAGUUAUUUUUCAACCGAUUGCACCGUUGCUCGAUUGGAUCCGGAAGUCAAAGGUGGAACAAUUCGUUGGCUCAGUUGUAGCCAAGUAUUCAACCGCAUUCUGCGAUCUAUUCCGUGAAAUUCAACUGUUCAUAGAAGGAGAAGAAUAG